AACAUCCUUCAUCUACAUUCAGCUGUUCUCGUCCAUCGCUGCAAUCAAAAUCAAUUGAGACUAAUCAAGACGACCGAUAGAUUCACAAAGAGAAUAAAAGGUGGAAAGCUAUCUGGUAAUUAGACCUAAGCUUUACCAGUCGUAUAAGCAGGCAAAAACGUAAGAAACAUGUUCCGAAGGCUUAGUUCUUUGAAGGUCAGCAGAAUGCGCGGUUUCUCGGCGCUGGUGCAGACCAAAGCGCUGGUAAAUGGCAAUUGGAUCGAUUCGAGCAACAGACAAACAUUUGAGGUGAAAAAUCCAGCCAAUGGAGAGGUGAUUGGCAAUGUACCCGACAUGACAGUGGAGGAUGCACAGCAGGCCAUUGAUGCCGCUAAGCAAGCGUAUGAGUCCAAGGAGUGGCGUGCAUUAACAGCUAAGGAUCGGUCAAAUAUGCUCAAAAAAUGGCACAGCCUCAUCGAGGAGCAUGCCCAGGAAAUCGCCGAAAUCAUGACAGCCGAGUCUGGCAAGCCAAUCAAUGAGUCCAAGGGCGAGGUCGUCUAUGGUAAUGCGUUUGUCGAGUGGUUUGCCGAGGAAGCCCGUCGCAUCUAUGGCGAAAUUGUGCCCAGUGGACAGCCAAAUCGCGAGGUGAUUGUUAUGAAGCAGCCCAUAGGCGUGGCGGCGCUGAUAACACCCUGGAACUUCCCAUUGGCUAUGAUAACGCGCAAGGCAGGAGCUGCUUUGGCCGCCGGCUGCACUGUGGUCGUCAAGCCAUCGGAGGAUACGCCACUGACAGCGCUUGCUGUGGCCAAACUGGCCGAACAGGCGGGCAUUCCUAAGGGUGUGAUCAAUGUGGUGACCACCAAGAAGGCCGCACCAAUCGGUGAACUAUUCUGCAAGAGUCCCGAUGUGCGUGGCAUUAGCUUCACCGGCUCUACCCAGGUGGGCAAGCUGCUCUUCCGCAAUAGCGCCGAUGGGAUUAAGCGUGUGUGCUUGGAGCUGGGCGGUAAUGCACCGUUCAUAGUCUUCGAUUCGGCCAAUGUGGACAAGGCAGUGGAUGGCGCCAUGGCAUCCAAGUUCCGUAACUGCGGGCAAACCUGUGUCUCGGCAAAUCGUUUCUUUGUGCAGGAGGGCGUCUAUGAUAAGUUUGUGACAAAGCUGAAGGAACGCGUCGAGGCGCUCAAGAUUGGCGAUGGCAAGUGCGGCGAUGUACAAAUCGGUCCGCUGAUCAAUCAGAUGCAGUACGACAAGGUCAGCGGUUUUGUGGAGGAUGCGCGCAACAAGAAGGCCAACAUCAUAGUAGGUGGCAAGGGGCUGCAGGAGGUGGGCGAUCUCUUCUAUGCACCCACAAUAGUCACGGAUGUGCCCACGUCGGCGCAUAUCUAUACCGAAGAGGUCUUUGGACCCGUGGUGUCUAUCAUCAAAUUCAAGGACGAGGCGGAGGCAGUACAAAAGGCAAACGAUACGAAGCGUGGGCUGGCAGGCUAUUUCUACAGUGAGAACCUGCAACAGGUGUUCCGUGUGGCCAAGCGGCUGGAGGUAGGCAUGGUGGGUGUAAAUGAAGGCAUCAUCUCCGCACCAGAGGCGCCGUUUGGUGGUGUCAAGGAGUCGGGCGUGGGACGUGAAGGAUCCAGUCAUGGCAUCGACGACUACGUUGAUAUCAAGUACAUAUGCAUGGGAAAUUUAAAAUAUGACUAAAAUUCCCAUUACGCACGUGCUAUAGCUUUAAAAUUCAGUCUUCCACAAAAACGCUUGUAUGUUGUAAAUUCCAAUUAAAAUUAUUAUAUAAAUGUGCACAAGAAAA